AUGAGGAGGGGCAGCAGCAGCAGCAAGAGGGUCAUAAGUAUGAGGGGUCGUGCAGCAACAGCAGCAGCAGCAGCUACAGCGUUGAUUGGGCAGCAGCAGCAGCAGCAGCAGCAGCAGGAGGAGCAGCAGCAGCAGGAGGAGGACGUGGCAUCAUGUGCUGCUGGUUCGAACGGCAGCAGCACGAGCAGCGGCAGCAGCAACAACAGCACAACCACCUGCAGCAACAGCAACAGCAACAGCAACAGCAGCAGCAGCAGCAGCAGCAGCAGCAGCAACCAGCAGCGGCAGCAAAAAACUUUCGCAUGCAAAGCUUACUGCUCUGUACCCACCCCCAUCGUCGCCCACAUGUUCCUGCAGCGGGCGGUGCUGCACGGGAGAGACGCAGCAGAGACUUGGUUUAGAGAGGUGACCCUGAGAGAGCAGCAGACAGCAAGCGGCAGCAGCAGAAAGGAGCAGCAGCAGCAGCAGCAGCAGCAGCCGCAGCAGCAGCAGCAGCAGCAACAGCAGCAGCAAAGUGAUCCCGCUGGCAACCAGCAGCAUCCGCCUACUGCUGCUCCUGCUGCUGCUGCUGUUGGCUUGCAGCAACACGCUCCAUUGCAGCAGCAACAGCAACAGCUAUUGCUGCAGCAACAGCUGCAGCAGCAGCUUCUGCUGCAGCAGCAGCAGCAGCAGUCCCCGUUGUCACAACUGCAGCAGCAGCAGCAGCAAGCCUCAGCGCCGUCUCAGAAGCAGCAGUUGCAGACAUCCUUGCUGCAGCGGCAGCUACAGCAGCAGCUGCUGCAGCAGCAGGCGCUGCAGCAGCUGCAGCAGCAGCUGCUACGCCAGAAGCAGCAGCUGGAGCAGCAAAAUCAGAGAUGCAGCAACGCCUCAAGCCCAGGGCGAACAGCAGCAGCAGCAGCAGCAGCAGCAACAGCAGAGAAGUGCAGCGGCGUGCCUGGUGACUCUGAAACGCCUGCUAGCACCUGCAGCAGCUUGGGGGAAGAAGACCCCUUGAGCAGCAGCAGCAGCAGCAGCAGCAGCAACAGCAGCAACAGCAGCAGCAGCAGCGGAUUGCACAGAGGGGUCUACAAUACACGCGGGACGAAGCGGAAGCAGGCCCCCGCUGCUGCUGCUGCUGCUGCAGCAACUGCAGCAGCAGCUGGUGGCAUUUCUUCUGCAUUGCAGCCGCUAAAGCCAGAGCAGCAGCAGCAACAGCAACAGGCAGCAGCAGCUGCAGCAGCUGAGGCGGAUGCGUCCGGGGAUGCGUGCAGCAGCAACAGCAGCAGCAACAGCAGCAGCAGCAGCAGCAGCAGCAGCAGCAGAGGCCGCAGGAGGGCAGCAGAAAGCAGUUUGCUGCCGGGCCUGAGACGGCGCCGCACCUCAGAUGCUUCUGCUGCUGACAGUGGCAGCUGCAGCGAUGAAGCAGCAGCAGCAGCAGCAGCAGCAGGAGCAGCAGCAGGGAGCACUGCAGCAGCAGCAGCAUUUGGUGCUGCAGCAGCUGGAGACACGACGGAUGCAGCAUUUUCUCUGCAGCAGCUGGAGGCAGCAGUUCCUGGCGGUGUGCUGCUGGACAGCAACAGCAGCAGCAGCAGCAGCAGCAGCAGCAGCAGCAGCAGCGGGGCCAGGGGCCGCAGCAGCAUCGUUCGCUAUGAAAAAGACAGAGGCCGCUGGGUUGCUGAUUUUUAUACAGAAGGAGGCAAAAGGAGACAGAAGUGCUUCCACUGCAACAGCUACGGAGACAGAGCUGCUGCUGUUGCACAGCUUGUCGGAGACAGAGCUGCUGCUGUUGCACAGAUAUAUCUGCAUGUGGCGGUUCAGAACGGGAAGGAAGCAGCAGAGACGUGGCUGCGGCGCUUCUUGGAGGGGCAGGAGGUGCUGCCUGUUGAGCUGCUGCGGAGCCUGCAACAGCAGCAGCAGCAGCAGCAGCAGCAGCAGCAGCAGCUAGCAGGGGAAUCUCUUCAUCCACGAUUGCAGCAGCAGCAACAGCAGCAGCAACGCGUCCGCUCCGGUGCUGUUGGUGUCGUCAACACAUAA